AUGGCUUCCUCGGCUGCGCUCCCUUUGACUUCGGCAGUGCUCGGUUCAACUCUUUACCUGUCGAUUUUCAAGCUCCGCUUGGACAACUAUGGUUGGCGCCUUGUCGGCCUGUGGAAUUUGGCCUUGUCUCUGCUGUUCCUCUACCUCAUCCGCAGUCAUGAUUUCUUGACAACCACCCGUGUGGUCUUCACAUUUGCGGCCUCAUUCCUUUCCGGGUUUUUUGGCAGUACCGCCGUCUACCGUUUCUUCUUUUCGCCUCUGCGCCAAUUCCGCGGUCCGUGGCAGGGCGUGUUGACCUCUCUCUACAGACUGCACGCAGCGGUCAAGUCCGAUGCUCGUCUGUUCCGCAAGGUAGACAGCCUUCACAAGCAAUAUGGCGACUAUGUCAGGAUCGGGGCGCGUGAGCUCUCUAUCCUCAAUCCUUCGGCUAUCCCUCUCUUGUACGGAGCCAAGUCGCAAUGUAGACGGGCCACCUGGUACCACUAUGCGCCCGAAGCCGAGGAAGACAGACAGGUGCUACUCAUUACCGACCCCGCCCUUCACUCCUGGAGGAGAAGGAUCCUCGACAAAGGAUUCAGCAGCAAAGGCAAGCAGCCCACUCACAUUUCCGAGGUGAUCAACGAUCUUGUUCAAGCUUUCGAAGCCCGGGCCGGAACUUCGAUCAACCUGACGGAUUGGAUCAGCUUCUUUGCUUUCGACGCCAUGGGCCGUGUUGCUUACAACCAGGAAUUCGGCAUGGUCAAGGGCGGCAAAGGGACAGUCAGUAUCGAGGGCAAGGCCACGUCCGUCGAGGCGCUGCGUGCCACAAUGAAGAUGUACGGCAUCUUCGGCCCGGUGCCGUGGUUCUUCAAGAUGAUCAGCCAAAUCGGACUGAUCGGCGAGAUGGCCAUCUUCUUCCAGUGGUGCCACGACACCAUGCGCCUGAAGCAAAAGAACUUCGACGCCGCCAACGACACCCCCACCGACAUAGCCAGCUGGAUCAUCAAGACCCAAGCCACCUCCAGCACAUCCCCCUCCUCCGACCCCACCAAGCGCCAAACCCAGCGCUCCAUCGAAAACGACUCCAUCCUCCUCAUCCUCGCCGGCAGCGACACCGCCGCCUCCGCCAUCACCAACGCCCUCUUCUACCUCAGCCUCUCCCCAACCACGCUCGCCAAGCUGCGCUCCGCCCUCGGCGCCCUGCCCGACCGCUCGUUCCGCUCCCUCGCCACGUGCCGCUACCUCGACCACGUCAUCAACGAGACGCUGCGGCUGAAGCCGCCGGCGAUCGAAGGCCUCGUGCGCGAGACGCCCGCGGCGGGCAUCACGCUGCCGUCCGACGGCACAUUCAUCCCCGGAGGCACCGUCGUGUCGGUGCCGACGUGGACGCUGCAUCGGGACGUAAGGCUGUGGGGCGAGGAUGCGGACGCGUUCCGCCCGGAGCGGUUCGAGGGGCUGGAUCUCACGGGGGAGAAUGUGCCGUUCAUUCCGUUCACGCGCGGCGCGUAUACGUGCCCGGGGAAGCAGUUGGCGUAUAUGGAGAUGCGUGGGGUGGUGGCGGCGGUGGUGAUGGGGUUCGAUUUGAGCUUGGCGGAGGGGCAGGGGGCCGAGGAGUUUGAUGGCGGGUGUCAGGAUUCGUUUACGUUGGCGAAUCCGCCGUUGAUGGUGGAUGUGAGGAGGAGGGAGGGGGUGUGA